AUUAUUAUGUUAUUUUUUGUAGGACGAGAAAUCAAGAAAGAUGAUUGACGUAACAGACUAUCGACGAACAGGGCCUAACAUUCCUGGAGGACCUCACUACUCAAAUGUAAACCAUGACGAGAAAUCAAGAAAGAUGAUUGACGUAACAGACUAUCGACGAACCGGGCCUAACAUUCCUGGAGGACCUCACUACUCAAAUGACGAGAAAUCAAGAAAGAUGAUUGACGUAACAGACUAUCGACGAACAGGGCCUAACAUUCCUGGAGGACCUCACUACUCAAAUGUAAACCAUGACGAGAAAUCAAGAAAGAUGAUUGACGUAACAGACUAUCGACGAACAGGACCUAAUAUUCCUGGAGGGCCUUUAUUCCACGCCAAUUCUCCAUGAACUCGAACUCGUCAUUUCAUGGAUAUAACUCUCUUAAGCCCCUCUCUUUACUUCUAUGGAAUGAGUUGAAAUGUAUGUUCUAAGUGUUGUUCUAUCUAUGUGUCCAAAUAUAAUAAUAAUCCAUGCGUGUGCAUGAACCUUGACUU